GGGGGUUGUGAAGAGCGGAAGCGGAAGUGUCACAGGCGUCCACUGCUUGUCCUGUCCUGAUCAUGGCUGCUGUGAUGGCCGCUGUCGGUUGUCGUCGGUUUAUAUUAUGUUUUCUUGCUGUCCUGUCGUGUUGCUGGGCGGACACUGAUAUCUUGAGCCCCGGGUCGGCUGGGGAUAAGUUCAAGGUGGAAGGCCGGGCUGUGGUGCCAGGGAUCAGACCGCAGGACUGGGUGAACAGUGCCCGGGUCCUGGUGGAUGGGGAAGAGCAUGUCGGCUUCUUGAGGACAGAUGGCAGCUUUGUGGUUCACGAUGUCCCCUCUGGCUCCUAUGUUGUAGAAAUAUUUUCACCAGCCUACCGCUUUGAGCCUGCUAGAGUAGACAUCACUUCCAAAGGAAAAAUGAGAGCUAGAUAUGUCAACCAUAUAAAGACAUCAGAAGUUCUUCGACUUCCUUAUCCUCUUCAGAUGAAAUCAUCUGGUCCCCCGUCCUACUUUAUUAAGAGAGAAACCUGGGGUUGGACAGACUUUCUAAUGAACCCAAUGGUAAUGAUGAUGGUCCUACCUCUUCUAAUUUUUGUGCUGCUACCUAAAGUUGUGAACACUAGUGAUCCUGAAAUGCGAAGGGAAAUGGAACAAUCCAUGAACAUGCUGAAUUCAAACCCAGAGCUCCCUGAUGUUUCUGAGUUUAUGACCAGACUAUUCACGUCCAAAUCUUCAAGCAAGUCUAGUAGUAGUGGCAAAGCGGGGAAGACUGGGGUUGGGAAAAGAAGGUAGUGCAAGAUGCCUAUUAUCUAACCAUCAAACUAUCUCAAUGGAAUCUGCAAAAUCUGAAUGCAGGAAUUGGCCACUAUGACUAGCUACAUGGCAUGUACUUGCUGUUAAUUCCUGCUUGCUGUCCUUGUUACCUUGAUACCUUGAAUUUUUAGGAUAUUCAUUUUCAUCUGGUAACGUUCCUUUGUCCUGGUACUUCAUGUAAAAAGUUUCUGUCGUGGCCGGUUAUUCAGGAUUGCAAAUUUAAACCGUCUUUUAUCUAUUUAAAAAAAUAAAUUUAAGUUCAGUACAGUAGAACUAUUCAUGGAGUGAUAUUCACGUUAUGGUUCGUUUGUUACACAAUGUAAAACCCAGACCUGGUUUAUUACCGAGGAUAUUAAGUUAAUGCAUAGUGUAAUUAAUAUUGUUUAUAAAGCUCUAAUAUAUUCUGUAUAUUGUAUAUUAAGUACCAUUUUCAGUUCUUAAUCUACUGCAAUAUACCUCUAAACUCAAAUAAUUCUGUCCUAAAAAAAAAAGUAACCAGAAGUAUGUAAUUGUGAAAAUAAAUAUACCUUAAAAAAUAGACUCAUUGUAUGUAGGCACACUUUUUUUUUUAAUGUUUUGACCUUACUACCUUGUAUUCGCUGGCUGCCACUCCUUGCUUCAGCCUUUAGGAGAGU